AUGUGGACUGCGUGGAGACGGUUUUUCCAUGCGUCGGCGAACGACGAUGCGUCCAGUCCCUCCUCGCUGUACGACGAGAAAUGCGGCGGGCUCGACAUCAACGUCACGGAAUCCAGUCCGCCAAAAGCGACUGGCGCGGUCAAAAUCGAGGCCGUGGAAGCUGUGGGCGGCCGGAAGGGACGAUAUCUCCUCUAUAUCGGCUUGGUCAUGGUUAUGGUCAUCUUUGAACUGGACAACUCCACCGUAGGGACUUAUCGCAACUUCGCGACAUCCGACUUCAAACAUCUUUCCGUGCUGGCCACGCUCAACACGGCGGCCAGUAUCAUUACCGCCGUCAGUAAACCGCCGAUAGCCAAAGUCUCGGACGUCUUGGGGCGGGCCGAGGCAUACAUCUUUACCAUCACAUGCUACAUUCUGUCGUACAUCCUCUGUGCAUCGUCCCAGACGUUCAGCAUCUAUGCGGGUGGCUACGUCUUCUAUUCCGUCGGCCAGGCCGGUACGGCCAUCCUCAACUCCACCGUCGUGUCGGACAUCUCGUCCAUGCGCUGGCGCGGCUUUGUCUACAACAUCCUGUACAUUCCCUUCCUGAUCACGCCCUGGGUGUCGGCAUUCAUCGUCGACAGCGUCGUCAAUGGCAUCGGAUGGCGCUGGGGGAUUGGCAUGUUCGCCAUCUUGAUGCCCUUCUGCGCCAGUUUCAUCAUUGUCACCCUCCUCGUGUUCGAACGACGGGCCAAGCGGUCGGGCCUCAUCCUGACGGAGAAACUGAAUCUCUUCACCUUCUGCUCGCGCAUCGAUCUGGGCGGCAUCAUCCUGUUGAGUGGCGGAUUUGCGUUGGUCCUGAUCCCCAUCACUCUGGCCGCCACGACAUCCGAUUGCUGGAAGACUCCGUGGGUCGACGCCUUGAUUGUGCUGGGGGGCAUCGCCCUGGCCUGUCUGUAUCCGUACGAGAAAUACUGCGCCCGCCACCCGGUCGUCCCCACCCACUACUUCCGUACCUUGUCCGUGGUGGUCUCUAUGGCCUUGGCAUGCGUGGACAACAUCGGGUUCGGAACCACCCAGACCUACCUGUACGUCUGGUCCAUGGUGUCCCACAACUUCUCGCCCCGCGAUGCCCAGUUUCUCAACUACACCAACAGCGUCAUGCAGGCGUUGGUGGGGAUGGGCACCGGGCUGCUCAUGUAUCGGCUCCGGUCGUACAAAUGGAUCGGGGUGGUCGGCGCCGCGAUUCGCAUGGUCGGGUACGGCGUCAUGGUCCGUCUGCGCACAAACGAGAGCUCCGUUGCGGAACUGUUCAUCGUCCAGCUGAUCCAGGGUGCGGGUAGCGGGAUGAUCGAGACGAUCGUAAUCGUCGCCGCUCAGAUCUCCGUGGCUCAUGCCGAGCUGGCCCAGGUCACGUCGCUCAUCCUGCUCGGAUCGUUCUUGGGCAAUGGCAUCGGCUCGGCCAUCGCCGGGGCCAUCUACUCCAACCAACUGCGUGACCGGCUGCGUUUGCAUCUGGGACACAGCGUCGACGAGGCUACCGUCGUCCGUCUGUACAACUCCAUUACAGACACGCUGCCCACGUGGGGGACGCCAGAGCGAAAUGCUGUCAACCGAGCUUAUUCCGAUGUCAUGGGGUACAUCACGAUCGCCGCGCUGGCGCUUUCCGCGCCCGUCGUGAUCCUCUCUCUACUACUACCGAAUAAGAGGCUCGGCGACGGACACAAUCUGGUCCAAGACAACCAAAGCGACGAUUCCCGUUCCUCCGACGAAACCCUGGUGGAUGAAAAGACCUGCGCCCGAUAA